CCGACUCCCUCCUCAUCAGCAACCUCAAAAACGCGCGACCAACAAGCCGAUGCCGACCUCGAAGCCUUCCUAAAAGAGAUAGGAGCCUCCGACCAGACCGCCACGACUACAAAUACCUCGCAGACCGCGCCACAAGAACCCCCGAAACCACACUUCCCCUCCCGCGUCCGCCCCGACGGCACCCUCGACAUCUCCCCUCAAGCCAUCUACCCGCGCACCAUGUCCUGCCGCGCCGCUUUUGACCAAGCAUUCUACUGCCAAUCCAUCGGCGGGAAAUUCAACGAUAUUUACCGCUACGGUCACCUCCGGCAGUGUUCUGAGCAGUGGGGUGCGUUUUGGUUUUGUAUGAGGACGAGAACGUUGCCGGCACAUGAGAAGGAGAAGGCGAUUAGUGAGCAUUAUGCGAUGAGGGAUGUGGAGAGGAAGAAGGUGGCGAAUUCGGAGGAUGUGUGGGAGUUGAGGACGACGGCGGUGGAGCGGGCGUUUGCGAGGGAUUAC